AUGGCGUUAAAUACUGUAGCCGGUAAUGCAAGCGUAAAUAUAAAAUUCGCGAACAUCGUAUAUCGGGUGAAAGACGGAGUUCAAUCCAAAGCAAUAUUGAACAACAUAAGUGGAGAAUUUAGAGCGGGCGAAUUAUCAGUCAUUAUUGGAGCAUCGGGAUGUGGUAAAACAACGCUGCUUAAUCUCUUGGCGGAUUAUCGAAUUCGUACAACCGAUGGUGAUAUUAAUGUCAAUGAAACGAAACGUGAUUUAAAAACAUUUCGAAAGUUGUCGCGAUAUGUGUUCCAGGAGGACAAUAUUAUUCCUUCCUUUACAGUUCUUGAGACAAUGAUGUUUGCCUCGAAGUUAAAAGUUAAGACAAACUGCAGCAAAGUGGAACGUGAAAAGUUGAUAUAUGAGAUUUUAGAUACCUUCCAUUUGCGUCAACAAUCCCACACAUUAAUUGCAAAUCUCUCAGGUGGUGAACGAAAAAGAAUCAGCAUUGCCCUGGAGUUGAUUGAUGAUCCAUCUGUAUUAUUGCUGGAUGAACCUACAACGGGUUUGGAUGAAUGCUCCGCUUCACAGUGCAUUACAUUUUUGCACAAACUGGCGAAAGAUGGACGUACUGUGAUAUGUUCUCUGCACUGUCCAUCAGCCAGACAAUCUCAAAUGUUUGAUAAGGUUUAUGCGUUGUCAUGUGGAGAGUGCAUUUAUCAAGGCGCCGUAGAAAAUAUAGUGUCCUAUAUGGAGCUAUUCAAUUUACAGUGUCCAGUUACUCACAACCCAUUGGAUUUCAUUAUUGAUGUUUCCAUAAAAUCAUUUGGCGAUUUCCAAAAUAAAAUGGUAGGACAAAUACAAAAUGGUAUUAUUUCUCUAUGUCCUGCUGAUGUAAUACCUCAACCAACAGUUACAAUUUUCGAGACAUUGGAAGGAUCGACUACAAUGGUGAAAAGAUCCCAGAGCAGUGGUAAAGGUUCUUGGUGGUUGGAGUACAAAAUAAUAUCAAUGCGUUUUUUUCAACAAAUGUGGAGGGAGCAGGUAAAUGUGAAGCUAAGAAUAAUGGCUCAUAUUGUUUGCUCCAUUAUCAUUGGACUAAUUUUCUACAAUGUGUCUCGAAAUGCCCAAUACAGUAUUUUUAAUUAUUUCCUGGCUAUAGCUUUUAUAACAUCAGCAAUAUUUUUGGCUAUGGCUCCCAUGUUAGCGACAGUUCCGAGAGAUAUACGUUACAUGAAAAGCGAGUACUUCAAUCAAUGGUAUCGUUUAAGUUCCUAUUUCAUGGCUAUGGUAACCGCUCAAUUACCCAUAUUGGGACCAAUGUCAGUGGUGUUUGCAUCCAUCAUUUUUAUUGUUACUGGUCAGCCAAUGCAACUGUGGAGGCUUCUGUUAUUAAUUGGCAUAACGUUACUCACAUCUUUGGUUUCAUUGAGUUUUGGUCUUCUAAUUGGAUCCGCGUUUAAUGGUUUGCAUGGUUUGUUCAUAGGCCCAUUAGGAAUUGGCAUAAUGCUGCUUUUUACAAAUCUGGCCUCAACGGGUGGAGAUAUUCCUUUAUAUCAAAAAGUCUUAAUGUACGGAAGUUUCAUGCGUCAUAUUUUGGAAGGAGUGUUGGAGUCGUUCUUUGGCUUUGAUCGAUCAGAUUUUCCUUGCCCGAACUGUGAUUGGGUUUUCGCCUUCACAAAACCCAAAUACAUAUUAAAGCUUUUGGGAUGUGGGGAUAUCAGUUAUCUUCGCGCCGUCAUAGUUUCAAGCGGAAUAACGAUCUUAUUUUCCUUACUAUCGUUUUUAAUACUGAAACGUCGAUUUAAUGUUAAGUAUUUGUCUAGACGCCGCAAGAGAAACACAAUGGCAUUCAGUCGAAUACCAAGUGAUUUGGGCGUACAUUUGAAAUUCGCAGAUCUAACAUAUCGAGUACAAGAAAGAAAAAAAAUUAAAACUAUUCUAAAUGGUGUAAGUGGUGAAUUUCGAGCCGGUGAAUUGUCCGUCAUAGUUGGCGCUUCGGGAUGUGGCAAAACGACGUUGUUAAACCUUUUGGCGGGCUACCGCAUUACCACCACCGAGGGGAGCGUAAUGAUCAAUGGAACAGAUCGGAACAUGAACGCAUUUAGUCAGCUGUGUCGAUAUAUACUCCAGGAUGACUAUAUAAUUCCAUGCUUUACGGUUUUGGAAACCAUGAUGUUUGCUUCGAAUUUUAAACUGGAGACCAGCUGUGGUAGAGAGCCUCGAAAACAACUGAUUCUUGAAAUUUUAGACAGUUUCAAUCUGCGACAGCAAUCUAACACUAGAAUAGAUAAACUCUCAGGUGGUGAACGAAAACGAGUCAGUAUUGCAUUGGAGAUGUUGGGCCAUCCCUUGGUCUUGUUGCUGGAUGAACCUUUAACUGGUUUGGAUGAAUUCUCUGCUUCACAGUGUGUGCGACUCUUGAAGAACUUGGCCGAAUCUGGGCGCACCAUUAUUUGUUCGUUGCAUUGCCCAUCGGCGAGAUUAUGCGAAAUGUUCAAUAUGGUCUAUGUAAUGUCUCGGGGUGAAUGUGUUUACCAAGGAGCUGUGGAUAAGAUAGUUACAUAUAUGGAGAAAUUCAAUUUGCAAUGUCCUUUAACACAUAACCCCAUGGAUUUUGUUAUGGAUGUAACCGCUGGAGCUUAUGGCGAAUUACAACAAGAAAUGGUGCAAAAAAUUGAAAAUGGCAAAUGUUUGCAAUGGUUGUUACCUUCCCUUAGUAGGGAACAAGAAUCUUGCGAAAACCCAAUGGGUGAAUGUGAGAAACUAGAGAGUACACAAUUUAUAUCGCCAAGAUCCGUUAAAUGGUGGUUGGAGUAUAAGUGGUUAUAUGGGCGAUUCAUGCAGCAAAUGUGUCGUGAAAAGAUAGAUAUUAAGCUGCGAAUAAUCGCCCAUAUCUUAUGUGGUCUUGCGGUUGGUUUCCUAUUUUUCGAAGUAACUCGAAAUGCCAAAUAUGCCAUUUUCAACUACUACUUAGGUGCUGGUUUAAAUGUGGCAAUUGCGGUACUGGCCAUGGGUCCUAUGCUGGCCACUGUACCAAGAGAUAUACGGCACUUAAGAAGGGAGUACUUUAAUCAAUGGUAUCGCUUAAGUUCCUAUUUCAUGGCCAUGAUGACAUCCGAGUUGCUUGUCCUCAUCCCUUUGUCCAUUGUCUCGGCAGUCAUAGUGUAUUUUGUAACUGGACAGCCUAUGCAGUUGUGGAGGUUGCUACUGUUCGCUUUGGUAACAGCCGUUGUAUCAUUGGUGGCUUCUAGUUUUGGUCUGCUAUUGGCUUCAAGCCUAAAAGGAAUGCAUGCUUUAUUUGUGGGACCGCUAAUACUUUCAAUUAUGAUCAUGAUUAUGAAUAUAUCUGCCCAUACAGGAGAUAUGUCGACCGCUCACAAAAUUCUGGUCCACAUCAGCUUUAUGAGAUAUGCAGUAGAUGCAAGUUUGAGUCUACUAUUGGGCUUUAACCGACCGGAUUUCCCUUGCCCCAGUGACUCCUUCUGCUUCUUACCGAUGAACAAAGGCAAAUACAUUCUAAAGCUUUUGGGAUGUUCAAAUAUCAGCUAUAGUCAGUCCAUUGCAGUUUUGAGUGGAAUGGCAAUCAUUUUCAGUAUUUUAGCGUUUUUUGUUUGGAAAUACCGCCUCAGUGCGAAACAUAUAUCAAAAAAAUAAUGUUAGGCUUCGGAACAAAAUCAUGUACAACUGUAAUAUAU